AUGGCCUCAGCCUUCAACCCCGUUGAUGACGCAAAACCCCUGCUUCUGAUCCUUGAUGAUGAUGGCAGUCACAUCGAUGAGUGGCUUGCAAGUCAUCCGCCGAGUCGACUCGGUGCGCCUGUGGCCCUAAACAACGGCACCAAUCCUCGGCCCAUCUGGGUGCUCAAAGUGCCCUCUCUGGAUCAGCUAGCCGAAUUGGCUCCCACCAAUGACUCCAUCUUCACAAAAGCAGACGAGCUCGUCCGUACUGCGACAGCACAGGUCACCGAGAUCCAAAACGACAACAACAUCCCCGUCCAUGCUGGCAAGAUCAAGAGCAAGAAGCAGUGCAGGACCGAGGUGCAGGACGCUUUCCACGACGAGAUCAUGCUCAUGACGGCGGAUCAUCCGCUGUGGGGCCAAGGCAAGUGGACCAUGCUCAUCAGACCAUCCGAGGUCGAUCGUGUGUUCACCCAGCUCGCCAAGAGCCUCGCCUCGGGCGACCUCAAAUACAGCUCCAUCAUCGCCCUUCGCGCUCGCGUGCUACCAUCCGAUGAGGGCGCCACGGACUCAAACAAACGACCCAAAACCUCUCAAGGUCGCCGGACUUCCAACAGAUCGCCUACCUCUUCCAGGCAGCCACAAGUACUGCUCGGCAUCGACAUUUUCUUUCGUCCGGUCUGGGACUCCAAUGCAGCUCGCGAGGUGUUGAGGGUGGUCGCAGGAGCAUCUGGUAGGAUGGCGUCGUUCUGCAAGUCCAGCCUGUAUUCGCGUCUCGGCGUCAAGAAGGACCAUCUGCUCGGCGCUCACGCCAGCUUGUACAAUUCAAAGACGCUCGUAUCGCCUGCUGAUGCAAAGCUGUGGGUCGCUGCGUACAGUGCCGAUGGAAACGCAGCCAGCGACCGGUCUCAUCUCGCCGACGACUCACCUUUCGAAGACGCAAGCUCCACUGCUGUAGCCGCCAAUGAGGCUGAGAGCUUCAUCGAAGGCGAGGGCGUACCUUCCUGCGCGAUCAAAAGGCCCUUGGAAGAAUCGGCGGUUCUUCAUGCAGGCGAUCGGGCUGAAAAGAAGGCGCGUAGCAUCGGGAACGACGACGACGACGGCUCGAAACAGCAGCCUACUCCCGCACCUGUGAGUGCGGCUUCGUUGCCGGCUGAAGAAGCUCAAAGCAAGGAGAGUCAGCAAGAGACAGGCGAGUCAGAGUCUCAAUAUGAGUUGAUGCUGCCAGUCCGCGCAGCUUCAAACCCAAGCACGGACAGGGUUUCCAAAAGCCUGUCAAUUGUAUCCGAGGAGAUCUCCAAGAAGACCAGUGAGACAGUCCCAGAUGCAGGCAUCGCUUACGAACAUCAAGGAAAGCUUGUGAAGCCAGUCGUCGACACAAGCCAAGGCAAGGUGGUGCCGUGUGUGGGUAAAGAGACGCAGACGCAGGAGGAGACCUUUGGAGCUGACCAUCGCGGCGCCAUUACCGAGGAAACGAGAGAUUCGAAGAACAACGAUCACGAGGCAGAUGAGUCUAGGGAGAACAAUAUCGAUACCAGUCAAGAGGAUCCUGAUGCGGAAGGCGAGUCAAUCGAAGAGGAGCACGGAUCGCAAGAGACGCCUCAACGCACUGAUGGCGAGCAGCAACCUGCCGUCAGGGCUCAAGAAGCUCUCGCCGCCGAAGAACAGAUUGCCCUUCAGGAACAGCCUCUAGAAGCUCCAGGCGUUGAUCCGGAACCUGAGCAGGCGGCGGUGUCGACCGGACACGGCGAGGAAGCUGACAAGGAUCAGCCCCUAGUGACAGCAGCAGUACCUGCAGAAGCAGCGUCGCCGCCUAACAACGUGCCUAACAACGUCGCGACGGUACCUGGUGCGGAUGGGAGGGACAAAGCGCAGAUUGAGACCAGUGAAAGCUUCAGCUGCUGCCAGCAAACAUCGAGCGCUGUCCAUACGAUGAAGAAGCCCGAUGCAGCGGCAAAAUCUCAUCUGGACACGUUGGGAGAUAUCCAGACCGAGCCCGGAUCCUCGAAAGCGAUGCCUCACGGUACCGGUGCCGACGAUGCUGCCCCGGCCCAGGAUGCAUCUGAUGCACACGCACGACAGGUGGAAGCACGUGUUGCUGUCACGCUGGAUACUCUCUCAGAGCCGAAAACCGUCAUCGAGGCAAGCAUCGAGGCUCCCGCUCAAGCCGCCCCUGAACGCGCUGAUCACGCUCAGCAAGCUGAUGACAACAAUCGCCCCGUCCCUACCGGAAACAAUGGCAACGAGAUUAAGGUUGCCGAGAUCGCAGCAUCAGAUCCGAUGACCGAGCCAAAGCCAAACGAGUCCAAAGCUUCAGCUGCUGAUCACAACGGCACCAAUGCGGUUAAGGCUGAUGGUCAGACCAUCUCGGCACAUGCUGAUGAAGUCGAAAUGACAAUGGACGAACUCAUCGUUGAAGGAGCCACCGCCGAGCCAUCGGUUCCCGGCCAAGGCGGGCUCGAAGCUGACGCCAAGUAG